CGCCAGACAGUGGGUGGCUGGGUGCCCCUGCCCCUCCGCUUAAGUUUGAGUUUGUUUUGAGCUUCAUCUGAAUGAAUUCGGGGGGAUUCAGACGCACAUGUAGCUCCUCUGUAUCUACGCUCUGUGUAUGUGUGAAUGUACCACCGCACAUGCUAUAUAUCUUCAUCCACAAACUGACAUUACAUUACAUAUCGCUGUUUUGUCGCCGGUCCGGUGAAGUGUCACCGGAAUUUCUCAGAUCCGUUUACUUCCGAAUCGGAUCAAGUUGGAGGAACUCCUUAUAUUAAUACUGAUAGUCGGAUUCUUUGUUUGUCCCAUUGGACUGCCUUCUGCGGCAGUAAAGGGUCACGGGUAGUUUUAAAGCUAAGGGAGUUGCUGAAUACCAAAGUAUUUGGAUGCUGACUGGAUGAGAACUGAUGUUAUUGGCAGUAGAAGGAGGAGGUUUCUUCUCUUCUUCAGCUUCUGGGUAUAGCAAAGGCCUUGCUCUUCUUCUUUUGGGUCAGAAAAAUGAAGAAAAGCCAAUGAAAGUUACGCCGUGGAACCAGUACCAGUUGGUGGAUCAAGAAACUGAGUCUGAUCUUCAACUGGCUUCCUGCAAGAAUAGGCUUGUUAGCGGUUGCGCUUCCUUAGUCUGUUUUGGUGGUGCCGCCGCUGAACUUGAUAACCCAUCUCCCCUUAAGGUUGAUUCUACUCAGCACCAAGAAGUCUCACAAUCAAUCUGUUCUCCUUCUGGGAAGGGAAAUGAUGAAAUUAAUUCUGCUAGUCUUGUGAAAGAUGGCAAUACCUCUGUUGAGGGUGCCCUUAAAAGUUGCUUAAAGAAAGCUGCAAAUAGCAUAGCAGUUUCUGGUGAAAGUACUGAUGAAUAUGAGGCAUUAUGUGAAAAGAGUAAUGAUGUCUCUGGUCAUACUGAGAGAAGGAAAGUACAAUGGACAGAUUCAUCUGGUGGUGAGCUUUUUGAGGUCCGGGAAUUUGAGCUUAGUGACGAAGACGAAUCAGAUGAUGAAUUUGAUAGCAGGAGCCAGAGGACUUGCUUGUGCAAGAUUAUGUAGUUUGACCAUGUUUGAGGUUGUAAAUGAGGUUCAGUCGCUCCCUCCCUUGGAUAGGAUAGGAAGGAAACUUGCCCGACAUUUGAACUAAGAAGCCUCUGAGGGAUCCAAGGAUGCAAGAGACAAGUUUCAUAAUCUCUUCCCAUUCUUUUUUGCUGACUGAUCAAUUGUGUCUGUCUGUUGUAUUCAAUUGCUUGAAUAUCAUGUUGUGUUACUGUUCAUUUCCUUGUCUUUUUUUCUUUUCUUUUUUUGACAAUUCCUUGUCUUUAUUAUAUAUCCUGUUUAUAUAAUAUAUUCUCAUUUAUUUCAAAAGCCACACCCUUCUUUUCUUUCCUGGUCAGAGGAUGAAUCAUUUUCUUUUUUAAAUACAGAAUAUUUUAACGAUUGAGAUAUUUAA